CGUAGGCCUAGUUUUGGCUCGUCUGGUUAAAUUCUACCAAAUUAAACAAAAGAAAAAAAGACUAAAGUCUAGAUAGUCCUGUAGCACAUUUCAGCAACAGAUAAUUAACAAUGCCGCCGACUGUGCAGUCAGCAUCAAAAGAAAGGGAGAGAAAGCGGGGUGGAGAAAAGAGAUCCGAGCUUGUUUGUUCAGUGAAAUACAACAACACUUUGCCAGACAUACCAUUUGAUCCAAAAUUCAUCACAUAUCCAUUUGACUCUACAAGGUUUAUACAGUACAACCCUACAUCACUAGAAAAAUCCUUCAAGUAUGAUUUGCUGACAGAACAUGACCUUGGUGUCACCAUAGAUCUCAUCAAUCCAGAAACCUACAAGAUUAAUCCAAAUGCUUAUCUUGAGCCUGAAGAUGAAAGACUGCUGGAUGAGGACUCAACUUCAUUUGGAGACCAGAAAAGGUCAAGACAUAAUAAAAUGAAUGUUUCCUGGUUGAGAAAGACGGAAUACAUUUCUACAGAGUACAACAGAUUUACACAGAAAGCUGAUAAAUCAGAAACAAAGGUGGGGUACAAUAUAAAGAAGGCUAUCACAGAGGAUGUGUUCUACAAGGACAAGGAUAGUCAGAUUGCAGCCAUUGAAAAAACAUUUGAUAAAGCAAAAGAGCCAAUCACAAAGCAUUACAGUAAACCUGGUGUGGAACCUGUUGAAGUGCUACCAUUUUAUCCUGAUUUUGAGCUGUGGAAGCAUCCAUUUGCGCAGGUGAUAUUUGAUUCUGACCCUGCACCUAAAGGAAGAUCUGGUCCAGCUCUGAUGGAGGAAAUGUCUCAAGCCAUGAUCAGAGGAGCUGUUGAUGAGAGUGGGGAACAUUUUGUGGCAUAUUUUCUACCAACACCAGAAACUUUGGGAAAAAGAAAGAGGGAUGAAGAAGACCAUGAAGAUUUUGUGGCUGAUGAAGAGUAUGACUACACAUUGGCAAGAGAAUAUAACUGGAAUGUAAAAAACAAAUUGUCAAGAGGCUAUGAGGAAACAUACUUUAUGGUAUUUAGAGAAAAUGGCUGUUUCUACAAUGAUCUUGAAACCAGGGUACGAUUGAGUAAGAGAAGAAAGACAGCUGGAUCUACUGUAGCCAAGUCUAGACUUGUUGUCAAACACAGGUCUCUCAAUGAUAAGGAGUUACGAGCUCAGGAUCUGCGAAUGAUGAUGCUAGAACCAGCCCAGGAUGAGGAGGAGGAGGAGGAAGAGGAAGAAGAAUUUAUGCAGAAUGCAAACAAUAAUGAAGAUUUCCAUAGUCCAAAAAGUGAUGAUGAAGGUCGUAGAUCUAGGUCCAGGAGUAGAUCUAGUUCAAGGUCAGGAUCAGGAUCAAGGGAAAGAAGUGGAUCUAGAAGCAGUAGCAGAAGUGGAAGUAGGAGUAAAUCCCGCAGUAGAAGCAGAAGUAUAAGUAGAAGUCAUAGCAGAAGCAAAAGUAGAUCAAGGUCACGAUCAAGAUCAGUUUCUAGAAGCAGAAGUCGUAGCAGAAGUGGAAGUCGCAGUGGAAGUGGCAGAAGUCGUAGUAAAAGUGGAAGUAGAAGUCACAGCAGAAGUGCCUCAAGAUCAAGAUCACGCAGCCGAAGUGGAAGUCAUGGUAGAUCAGCCAGUAGGUCACAGUCAAGAUCAAGGUCUCAUAGUGCCAGCAGAAGUGGUAGUGAGGCAGAAAGUGAAAGUGAAGCAGAAGACAGAGGCAAGAAGGAUGAAGAGGAGAUCUUUGGUUCUGCCAGUGACUCAGACAGUGACUGAAGUGUGUAAAGUAACAAUUGCAAUAGGCAACAAAAUUUUUGAUUAUUUACAAAACUUGUGAAUAACUAUUUGAUGUUGAUGUACGUAUGGUCUUUGGGCUCAGUCAGCCCUUAAGGUUUAAACAAUAUCAAGGCUGUUAUAAUCAUAAAGUGUUAAUGGGUGUGAGUUACAUGGAUAUAAUUACACAAACUUACAUUUGUACAAAGUACAUCAGUUUUAACUAGAGCAAUACUGUAAAUACCAUUUUGUUGCGAUAAAUAUCUGAACAUAUUGAGAAUAAAUCAUUCUAAGAGA